AUGACGUCAUCUACAGUUUCAAUAUCAUCACCAACGUAUUUACCAUCAACAUCAUCAUCACCAGUUAUAACAGGUCAUAGAGGAUUUAAAAGUAAAUAUCCAGAAAAUACUUUAUUAGGAUUUGAAAAGUGUUUUAAAACUGGAGCAAAAGUUAUUGAAACUGAUUUAUAUUUAUCAAGUGAUAAUAGAGUGAUAAUAUCUCAUGAUUUAAAUACAAAAAGAGUAUUUGUUGAUAGUGAAGGUAAUGAAACUAAUUAUAAGAUUACUACUACUCCAUAUGAUCCAACAUUAAAGGGAUUAAAGACAAAAAAUGGAAAUUAUCCAUUAUUAUCAUUUGUCGAUCUUUUAAAAUGGUUUAAAAAUUAUAUUAAAGAUAAAGAUAAUUCAAAUGAAUAUAAAUUACAAUUAGAUAUAAAAAAAUUUAAUCCUACAAAAAUUUUAAAAUAUUUAUUUUUAGAUUUAUUAAAAGUUCAUAAUGAUAUUGAAUGGUGGUAUCAUAGAUUACAAUUUGGUAUAUGGGAUUUAAAUUUUUUAAAAUAUUUAAAUCAAUCUGAAUUUUUUCAACCAUAUUUUGGUAUAACUAAUGAAUUUGGUUAUUUUCAAUUUGAUAUUUUUCAUAUAAGUGUAAAUUGGAGAGAUUCAAUAAAUUAUAUAAAUUAUAAUUAUUAUUUAGAUGAAAUUGUUGAAAAAGAAAGAACCAAGAUAAAACUUACAGGGGUUUCAUUAAUUUAUAUAUCAACUUGGUCAACUGAAUUUUUAACAAAAUUUAUUCCCUUGUUGAAAUUACAAAAUUUAAAAUUUUAUUCAUGGACAAUAAAUAAUAAAUUUCAAUUUGAAUAUUUAAUUAAAAUUGGUAAAUUAGCUAAAUUAAUUGAAUAUGGAAUUAUAUCUGAUUAUCCUGAUUUAAUACAGAAACUAAAGGAAGAAGAAGCAGAAGAAACAGAUGUUUCAGAUACAGAAACAACUGAAUUAAAAACUGGAUCAUCAAAAGAAUAUUAUUAUAAUGAAGAUGGAGAUAUUAAAAUUGAACUUACAUUUAAACAAAAAUUAUUAUAUUGGUUAUAUUUACAAUUUACUUAUUUAAAUGGUUCACAAAAAAAUAUAAGAUUACAACAAAAAUUAAAAUAUGAUUUAAAAGUUGAUGAAAAUAAAGUCUUGGAAAAUAAAAUGAAUCCUUUUGUUGCUUGGGCUUUUCAAACUUGUCAAAAAUAUGGAGUUUUUUAA